GAGAGAGAGGCUCACUUUUUUUCUUCUUCUUUUCUUGGACCUGCCCUUUGCAGGAGCUUUCUCUCCCGCGCGUGGUCGAUGAGAGUGGGUGGAUGCUGGAUGGAGUAAACCGGGCAAGGGCGGGAAGCCAAAGCCGAAGCGGAAUUGGAGAUUAAGGGACUCCGGAGCAGCACCAGAGGCGAGAAAAAUGGAUCCUACCUCCCCGCACUUCGGCGCCUCGACUUUGCUACUGCUCUUGAGCUUCUGGCGUCUCGGAUUCGCGGCUUCUAACUAUAAUUGUGAGGAGCCACUGGUACUCUCGUUACCUGCGACAGCCUUUGACAGCUCCUCCGAGCUCUCCAGCAGUCACAGCCCCAGCUUUGCAAAGCUCAUCAGACGGGAUGGAUCUGGAGGCUGGUCCCCCUUGGAUUCUAGCAGAGAACAGUGGCUCCAGAUUGACUUGGGAGAUAGAGUGGAGAUUACAGGUGUUGCGACUCAAGGACGAUAUGGAAGUUCAGACUGGACAACAAGCUACAUUCUAAUGUUCAGCGAUACAGGUCGCAAUUGGAAGCAGUAUCGAGAGGAAGACAUCAUCUGGGUCUUCCAAGGGAACACCAACGCUGACAGUGUUGUACAGCACAAGCUUCUGCACUCUGUAAAGGCUCAUUUUGUGCGCUUUGUUCCUCUUCAAUGGAAUCCAAGCGGAAAAAUAGGACUGCGGGUAGAGGUCUUUGGGUGUUCAUACAAAUCUGAUAUUGCUGAUUUUGAUGGGAGGAGCGCCCUCCUCUACAGGUUCAAUCAAAAACUGAUGAGUACCUUCAAAGAUGUUGUUUCCUUGAAGUUCAAGAGCAUGCAAGGAGAUGGAGUCCUGUUUCAUGGAGAAGGGCAGCAUGGAGAUUACAUUACGCUGGAGCUGCAAAACGGGAAGCUUUCUUUGCACAUCAACCUGGGAGAUGCCAAGCUACGUUUCAGUAACACCCACACCUCAGUCACCUUGGGCAGCCUCCUGGAUGACCAGCACUGGCACUCUGUUCUCAUUGAACGAUUCAAUAAGCAAGUGAACUUCACAGUGGAUAAGCACAUGCAGCACUUCCGGACGAAGGGAGAUUCUGAUGACUUGAACAUUGAUUAUGAGCUCAGUUUUGGAGGCAUCCCAGUUCCAGGAAAACCAGGAACUUUUCUGAAGAAAAAUUUCCAUGGGUGCAUUGAGAACCUUUAUUACAAUGGAGUCAAUAUCAUCGAUCUGGCAAAAAGGCGGAAGCCACAAAUCUACAUUGUGGGGAAUGUGACUUUUGCCUGUGCAGAACCACCAAUCACUCCCAUCACCUUUGACAACUCCAACAGCAGUUACUUGCUGUUACCAGGCACUCCCCAGCUUGAUGGCCUAUCAGUCAGUUUCCAGUUUCGUACAUGGAAUAAGGAUGGUCUCCUCCUGUCUACUGAGCUGUCUGAAGAUUCUGGCUUGCUCCUUUUAUACCUCCAGUAUGGAAAGUUGGCCCUUUUCAUCCAGAAAGCAUCAGAGAAAUAUGUGACCAUCACUGCAGGGAACAAUCUCUAUGAUGGCCUGUGGCACUCAGUCAACAUCAAUGCCAGAAGACAUCGCAUCACCCUAACUCUAGAUAAUGAUGUCGCAUCUGCUGUUCAUGCAACCACUGUUUCACAGAUUUAUUCAGGGCACAGCUACUAUUUUGGAGGGUGCCCUGACAAUUCUGCCGAUUCAAAAUGUUUAAAUCCCAUUACGGCUUUUCAAGGCUGCAUGAGACUCAUCUUUAUUGAUAACCAGCCCAAGGACCUCAUUUUAGUUCAGCAAGGUUCCCUGGGGAAUUUUAGUGAUCUGCGUAUUGAUCUCUGUGGCAUCAAAGACAGGUGUUUGCCAAACUAUUGUGAACAUGGAGGAAAAUGCUCCCAGUCCUGGACGACAUUCCAUUGUGAUUGCAGCGACACUGGUUACAUGGGAACAACCUGCCAUAAUUCUGUUUAUGAGCAAUCAUGUGAAGCCUAUCGGCACCAAGGGAAAACAUCUGGUUUCUUCCACAUUGAUCCUGAUGCAAGUGGUCCACUUCCACCAUUGCUGGUCUACUGCAAUAUAACUGAAGAUAAGAGCUGGAGUAUCAUCCAGCACAAUAACACCGAGCUGACUCGAGUCCAUGGGGCUGAUCCUGGAAAGCCAUAUACCAUGAGCUUCAACUACAACAGCACUACGGAGCAGCUGGAGGCAAUGAUAAAUAGUGCAGAAUACUGUGAACAGGAGGCAGCUUACCAUUGCAAAAAGUCACGCCUGCUCAACACCCCAAAUGGAAUGCCCUUUGUUUGGUGGGUUGGCCGUGCCAAUGAGAAACAUCCUUACUGGGGAGGGUCUCUUCCAAGAGUCCAGCAGUGCGCUUGUGGAUUGGAAGAAAGCUGCUUGGACCUGAGAUACUUUUGUAACUGUGAUGCAGAUAAAGAAGAAUGGACCAAUGACACUGGCUUCCUUUCAUUCAAAGAACACUUGCCCGUGAAUCAGAUAGUCAUCACCGACACAAACAGACCUAAUUCGGAAGCUGCCUGGAGAAUUGGCCCUUUGCGUUGCUAUGGAGAUAGACAGUUCUGGAACGCAGCUGCUUUCACCACUGAAGCAUCCUACCUUCUUUUCCCUACCUUCCAUGCGGAGUUUUCAGCAGAUAUUUCCUUCUUCUUCAAAACAACAGCUGCAUCUGGGGUCUUCUUGGAAAAUCUGGGACUAAAAGAUUUCAUCCGAGUUGAAAUAGCCUCUCCGAAAGAGAUCACAUUCACAAUAGAUGUUGGAAAUGGUCCAGUAGACGUAACUGUUCAGUCACCAACAGCCCUGAAUGACAACCAGUGGCAUUAUUUGCAUGCGGAGCGGAAUCUCAAGGAAACUUCUCUUCAAGUGGACAACCUUCCAAAAAAAAUUGUGCGAGCACCUGCUGAAGGGCAUUUCCGAUUGCAGCUGAACAGUCAGUUGUUUGUAGGUGCAAGUGCUUCCAGACAGAGAGGUUUUAUGGGGUGUAUUCGCCAUCUUCAACUAAAUGGGCAGAAACUAGACCUAGAAGAAAGGGCCAAAGUGACCCCUGGUGUCAAGCCUGGAUGUCCUGGACACUGCAGCAGUUAUGGCAACCUUUGCCACAAUGGGGGAAAAUGUGUAGAAAAGGUCAACGGCUACUUGUGUGACUGCACCCAUUCUCCAUAUGAAGGACCAUUCUGCAGAGAAGAGGUCUCUGCACUUUUUGAAGCUGGCACUUCCAUUACCUACAUUUUCCAGGAGCCUUAUCCUGUGACCAAAAAUGCAAGUUCUACAUCUUCUGCUAUUUAUGCGGACACGUCUACAUCCAAAGAGAACAUUGCCUUUACCUUCCUGACAGCACAUGCACCGAGCCUCCUGUUCUACCUCAACUCCUCGUCUCAUGAUUAUUUGGCUGUUAUCCUCUCCAAGAAUGGAAGCUUGCAAGUCCGAUACAGACUGAGCAAGGAGAGAUCCCUUAUUUUCACUAUCGAUUCUGGAAAUUUUGCUAACCAGGAGCUCCACCAGGUGAAGAUCACCAGGGAUGGAAGAGAGCUGACUAUUCAGAUUGACCAGGUUCUCAAAGUCAAGCACAACUUUUCCUCUGAGGUUGACUUCAGAGCCAUCAGGUCUCUGACCUUGGGAAAAGUCACAGACACUCAAGGAUUAGAUCGGGAGGUCUCCAAGGCAAACUCCUUCGGAUUCAUAGGAUGCAUGUCAUCUGUCCAGUACAACCACAUAGCUCCACUAAAAUCAGCCUUACGGCACCCCAGUAUAGCACCGGUGACAGUUCUGGGUACCUUGUCUGAAUCAAACUGCAGAUCUUUGGUUGCAGUUGAUGUGAAUACAGCAACAACAAUAUACUCAUCAUCUGAUCCAUUUGGGAAAGAUGAUGAGAGAGAGCCACUCACCAAUGCUGUCAGGAGUGAUUCAGCUGUCAUUGGAGGAGUUAUAGCAGUGGUGAUCUUCAUCAUCUUUUGCAUUGUGGCCAUUAUGAGCAGAUUUCUUUACCAGCACAAACAAACCCACCGGGGCGGCCAGACAAAAGAAAAAGAAUAUCCAGAGCACCUUGAGAGUUCUUUUAAGAGAGAUAUUGACUUACAGAACACAGUGAGCGAGUGCAAACGGGAAUACUUCAUCUAACAGACUCUCUAGUCCCUUGUUACACUUUGGCAUUUGGAUGAAGGUGAUGAUAAUGGUGAUGAAGAAGAUUUUUUUCCCCACCCAUCCAUUUCUUCGGAAUUUCCCCACUUUUUUUUUCCCUUUGGAAAAGACCCACUUUGCACAGAAGAGAUUGGCAGCAACUGCAGUGUCUGUGUCUCUUUGCCCAAAGGCACCACCAUAGUUAAUGCCAAACCACUCAACGUAAAUGUUCUACCUAAGUUCUUCAUAACAUGCAUGGUUGACUGUUUAGUUCCUGGGAUUUCUGAAAUGUUCCUUUCUGGACCCAUUGAAUUCACCAUUUCAUGUCGGACCUGAGCGAUAUAUACUAGAGGUAAAGUGUACAAGCUAACUAUGUAGCAACACAGCUAUUGAAACAAGGUAGUGGGCAAGAAUACAACCAAUUUAUCUUAUUAUUAUUAUUUUUUUAAAUCUAUAUGUUUAAGAGGAGCCAAAUCCUUUGUUUGCAAACUGGCAUAAUAAUUCUGUUUCAUGUUGGUGGUGCUGUAUUGAUUUUGCGAGCUGAGGAACUGGAGUGACUCUUUUCCUCCAUAUCCUUUCUUUGCCCUUUUACUGUAACUUUUUGACUAGAAGAUCCCCUUUUCUGUUUUCAAUGGAACAGCUCUGAUGAAAGCAAUGCUUCAGAUUAGGGCCAGGUUGAAGUGUUCAGCCUGUAUAAUAGAUGAGUAUCCCCCUACCCAAGAUUUUUAAGAUCUUUGGGACUGGGCAAAAUUUUACUCCCCCCCCCCAACACAGAGAUAAGGUGAAAGAAAGAAAGAAACCAUUGGUCCCAUUUCAUUUAAAGACAAACAGUACUUUAAAAUGCUUCAUUAUAGCUGAAAUCACAUUAAUUUUCCAGAAACAUAACAGGCAGACUUUCAUGUUUGAAAAACCUAAUUUACAAGUUCCGGAAAAUAAAAAAAAGCUCUUGCUGUGACAAUCAUAUACAAUCAGCACAUAAGGAAUUCCUUCUUUUAGUUGCAGGUUGUCUGUAGCAUAUAGUUUUGCCCUCAGCUCAGGGCAGCUAUAAGUAGUAAUAUAGCAAUCUUCCUCAUCUCAUAGUGCUUUCUUUCUUUCUUUCUGUCUUUCUUUCUCUCUCUCUCUCUCUCUCUCUCUCCUCUCUCUCUCUCUCUCUCUGCGAAUGGUGUUCUGUUAGGAUGUAUAAUCAUUCCCAUUGGGCUACUCUCUCUACAAUGCUGGAGAUUGCUCCCUGUUACAGCUCUGCCAUAGCUUAACACCUGUGCAUCCAUGAUAAGGCACUUUAUAGUCCGUGAUAAGCCAUGCUCUUCCUCCCAAAUAUUAGAAAUCUCUCCUACCUACAAAUCUUCCCUCUUUUCUUAUGAAACAAAUGAUCCUGUGAAAAAGCCAUGGAAGCUUUUUCUGCCCUCCAUUUCUCUAAACACACCUUUCAAUUGCAUCAUGCAUUUUAUGGAGUUAUCUGAAGUCAUUAUCCUUCAUUAGCACAUGCUAUACUAGGCAAAACAUGGAAGCUGACAUCUUCAGUUCCAUGGCUUUAGAAGCUUUCUAGGUGUUAAGACAACCUAUAAAACCUUCAAUAGAAAUGUUAGCAGUGCAGAUUAGAAUUAACACCUAAACAUAAUUAGGAGGAAGGAACCAAAUGUUACUACAAUUAAAUAUCACUUCAUUUUUAAUAAAGUAAAAUUUAGACAACAGGAUUGUCCUCAGCAUCUUUAAAAGCAUGCAGAAAGCAUGAUAUAAUUGAACAUGGCAUUAAAGAUGCUUUUUCAUAGGAUGUAGUUUCACAUGUGAGAUAAGACUUCAAAGGAACAUAGUGCUGUGCUGCAAAGCUGCUCUACUUUUUUUUCACUAUCCUCAUUAAACCUAAUAGAAAAGAAAUUGCUUUAAAAGAAAAGUUUCAAGAAGAAAAUUUCAGAAAAUUCCAUUGGGUGAAGUUUGGAGUUUUUGUGCUGAUCUUACACUGUGGCUGAGACUUUAUCAGUUUGCUUUUAUUGUAUAAUCGUCCACCUGGCCCCCUGGAGCUUCCACAGCUUUUCAGACUUCACCUAAAGCCCACGGGGAGACGUCCUGAAGUAACAUCUUCCAUGGGGCUUUUUUAUCCCAGGAAGUGCAGACAGUCAGGAGAAAAUGUGAAAUCUAUAAAACAAAGCCACCUUGCAGUACCAGCCACCUUGCAAUGAGUAGUAAGGUAAGCUCCAAAAUACCAGCCCAAGAAACUCUAAAGAAAUUCUAAAGUGUCCUGAAAACUAAGUAUAAGAAUGGAAGCCUCUUUCAUGGCAGAAUAAACACUGAGAACAACUAGAGGAACUAUUUUCAGAUGACGCUAGUGGGAAGUUUCCUUCUUAUUCCCUCUGUGGUCAUCAGAUUUAAAAGAAGGACAACUCAACCCUAGGCAUGGGAUAGAAACAGAAGGCUUUCAUAUAUGAAAGUUAAGGGGAAGAGGACCUACCAGCACUCCAAUCGAAUGGUGGGACCUUCUAUGGCCAUAAGAUGGUGCCACAUGUCAGUUGCCUCAUUAAUGGGAUACCUAGGAUGGGACUUUGGACAUAAGGCUAUGGGAAGGGGUGGGAUUUAACUUGUGGUCCAUAACAACCCAACAGAAUUCUGCAACAGUAUUGAUAGAUUUAUGAGCCAUUCUGCAAUAAUUUGAUAUUUCUGGCUGGCAAAAUCUGUCAGCAUCCAUGUUGUCAUCUUCCUUUGGGCAGUGUCAGUAGGACUGCAGAUUUUAGCUGCUCAGCGUCCUAAAAAAAACAUUCGAACUUUGCUUGCCUUGUUGUUGUUUUUUCCGCAGGAACACAGUUCAAUCUUUUUUGUACUCCUGGUUUUAUUUUAUCUUAUUUCUUAUUGGGUGCUCUGUCUCUGAGGAAAGAAAAGUGCUUCAGUCCUUGGGACUGUUAAUGUCUUCUUACACUCCUUUUUCACAAAGGGGAUGUUGUGACUACAGAUUCAUCUGCCUGGUGUCAUAAUGUCUAUGACAUACAGCAAAAGCUGCUUUCCCCAAUAUAUUCCCCAAACAUUUGUUCCUCCUUGGCUAGAGACAUGUAUUAUAUCCCAGCGCAGGAACAGGUAGAUCUUCCAAUUCCCUUUCGCACGUAUCAAUGAUCAAAUUGAGCCCACCACCCCAACAUACAUUUCCAGAGCUUUUGUAGAUUAACAGUGGAAUUCAUGGAAGACACAUUGAACACAUCUGGAAAGAAAGCUUAAGGCAGUUUGGGACUCAGAUUUCCUUUCCAGAGAAAAACAUGUACUGUACCUUGAAAAUAGUUAGAGAAGACACUUUCCAUUCUUGGACCAGUGGCAUGAUCUGUGCACUGAGCACUCCACUUUAUGAAGCACAUUUUAUUGAAUCUAAUGAUAAUGCUAUCACCUCAAGCCCCUGCUAAUCAGCAUGAGCAGAUUCCUUAAUGUGACAAGGUUAAUUCUGAUGGCACUCCGCAAUGUUACUUCUGUAUUUCCCCCUUCGAAGUUCUCUGAGUUAUGUUUUAAUUACUGGAGCUUGUGGGAAGAGAUAAAGAUAAAGGGGAAAACCCAAACAAAUCU